AUGAAGGCCUUGAAUAUCCUCCCACAAGACUGCUGGGUGCAGAUUCUGGAUGAAAUAUCAUCCUCAGACACUGCAUCCGUAGUGGCCACAUCUCGAGGCUUACAGGUCUCCUCAGAGACCUCGUUAUAUCGCCGAGUCGAUAUUGACUGGACUAGACCUCCCCUCAAGCGGGUCCUAAGUCUAUUCCGUGUUAUUCAAAAACGUCCCGAUCUGGCUGCGCUCAUUCACCAUGUGAGCAUAGUAUCCUCAAAACUGGUGUAUCCAGCAGACGACCAGGAAGACGAGUGGGAGUUGCCUCAAAUCGAUGGAGACUGGAGUCAGCUCUCAUCCUUAUUUCAGGAUGAGGUAAACGCGGCAAAAGAUAUUAUCACUAAAGCGCAAUUUCCCUCAUCAGAGAAGUGGAUCCCUGCCCUGGAAAAUGGCGACCCUUACGCAUUCGUGGCUAUUCUUCUUUCUCAACUUCAUAAUCUACGGUCGCUGCAACUUGAUUACACUUUUGUGUGGCAAACUGGGUUCCCAGGAUUGAUGAUGAGACAUGCUCUUCUCACUGCGCCUGGGAAUACAUUAUCUCGAUUUUCUGAUCUCUCUGUUGUCGAAUAUGGCCUGAAUGUUCCAGGUCCUAGAUUGUUCAACGAAACAAUGUGGGAUUUCAUUGACGCAUUUCCCAUUUGUAACCCGGAACAAUUUGCAGGCUGGUUUUAUCUGCCUUCUUUGAGAUCUCUGGAAAUCUGGAUCCAAAGUUUCGAAGGUGUUAGUGACGAGUUGUCCAAGCCUGUUGUAUCAAGCAAGCUAGCGCAUCUGGCCCAGCUUGAAAGGCUUGUCUUGACAGAAUCCUCCGUUGAGGAAGAUGAGGUCAGAAAUCUUUUGUUGCACCUGUCUUCGUUGAAGAGUCUUCACCUGGGCCUCGUCUACCUAUCACAAGAUAGAGAACUCGGCUAUAACUGUUGUUCUCCACAACCUCCUCUGAAAAAGCGAGGCGUGCUUCAUGAAGGGCUAAUGAGUGUCAAGGACACCGUUGAACAUCUUUCUAUUGGCAUGGAGCUUUGUCCACUUUAUUGGCCUAGUGUUUGGGGCGCAUUAGAACGUAACAAUGGAACUCCACGAGAAAGCUUCGAGCCUUUCAAAGGAAUCUUGAAGCAGUUCCCGCGUCUUCGAACCGCAGAGCUACCAGCAGUCAUGCUUUUCGGAUGGGAUCAUGAAAACUCUCCAGCUUUGUCUGAGCUACUACCACCAACACUCCAGAAGCUCGCCAUUCGAGAUAACUUGAGUCUAGAGCAGGAUUUCGAGUGGAAGACAGAUAAGGUGGCAGAAGCAAUUCAACAAUUUCUUGAAUUUGCCCAGUCCGCCACUCCUUCGUUGAACACAAUUACAAUUCGAACCUUCGAUAUCGAGACCGAGUCAAUGGACACAGACGAUAGCACGGGGCCUAGAAUAGUGUGUGAAUCGCUGGGGCUGGAUAUAGACAUUGGUAUGUUCACUGAUACUCUCUCGCCGGGACUUUGGACGACGCACAGAGAACUUCAAGAAGGAUCUCGGAAGGACCAUAGAGAUAUGCAUAACUGA